AACGGCCGGGGAAGUCCAAACUCCAAACUCAAAAUUCAAACUCGCUCGCUCCACCCUGAAAACUUCGUCUUCCGCUCCGCGUCCAUACCCCGCAGUCCCCUCGCUCUCACUCCCCUCUGUCGAGGCCCCAUGGCCGUGGCGGCACGGGAAGGCGCUCGCGGCGGCGGCGGCGGCGGCGACGCGUGGGCGGAGAUCCUGGCCAGCGGCGGCGGCGGCGGGCCUCGCAUCGGCGCGGUGUACGAGCGCCGCCGGGCGCAGGAGGCGUCGAGGCAGAGGAACGCGGACGCGAGAGGCGGCUUCGCGGCGGCUGUCGAGAACCGGCCGAGCUUCGCGCCGGUCAAGCGGACCAGCUGGAACCGGUCGCUCUCCAUCAGAGGGCGGGAAAGUAUAUUUUUUGCUCCCGGGACAAAUCUUCAGCCUCAACAGAAACUCUGCAGAGCACUCAAACGACCACCAAAACCGUGUAACAGAGUGAAAAAACCUCUUGGAGGGCCACCCGACUUGAGUAAAGAAAAGGCUUAUUUUGAAGAAGUCGAUGCUUUUGAGCUGAUGGAAGAGAGCCCUUCGCCCAAGAACUUUGGCACAUGGGCAGGAGGGAUGGAGCAGAGUACCAUUUUGCAUGAUCUGCCUGCAAUAUUGGAGAGGUGGAAAAUCUUCAAGCUUGCAAGAUGUGCAACAUCCAAUCCAUUGUUUAAUAUCAUGGAGACCCCACUUGUCCCAUCAGUCAACAGUAACUGCAGUACAGAAAAUUAUUCUGAAAAAGGUUAUAGGACACCUGAAAAGGACAGAGGGUCAGGGAUGCACCCAACAAGGACAAUCCUUUCAGGAUACACUAAUGAGAGUACAAAGAACAUUGCAGGCGAAACUAGCAUUGUCACGUCCUUUAGUGAGCUUAACAUUGAGGAACCCCCCCGCACCAGCAUUCCCUCAUCAAGUGGUGAAGCUCUGACUGCCUUUGCACAACUUCUCAUGGUUUGCAGGCAAUCUGCACCAGCUACUUUAGCAGAUGUUUUUUCUGCUUACUGCAAGUUAGGCAGCAUAGUGAAGCUUGGUGAAGGAACUUACGGCGAGGCCUACAGGGCUGGAAGCACUGUCUGUAAAGUAGUUCCCUUCGAUGGGGAUUCAUUGGUCAAUGGAGAGACCCAGAAGAAAUCGGAAGAAGUACUCGAGGAAGCUUUGCUUUGUCUAACACUAAAUAAUUUGAGAACGGGCCAGGGAGAUAAAGCAAAAGACUAUUCAUGUGAUGGCUUCAUUGAAACUAAAGAGUUUUGGGUUUGUAAGGGACCAUAUGACCCUUCACUGAUUAGUGCUUGGGAAGAUUGGGAUUCCAAACAUGAAUCUGAGAAUGAUCAUCCAAAGGACUUUUCAAACGAUCAGCAUUAUAUUAUCUUUGUACAAGCAGACGGUGGGAGAGACCUUGAAAAAUUCGCUUUACUCGACUAUAAUGAGGCUCGCAGUCUACUGCUUCAAGUUACUGCCUCCUUAGCUGUAGCUGAGAGUGCCUGUGAAUUUGAACAUCGAGAUUUGCAUUGGGGUAAUAUUCUUUUGGCUCGUGAUGAAAUGUCAAACAAGGAUCAUACAAUGAGCAUCACUCUUCAAGGGAAGAGGAUUCGUGCUAGAACUUUUGGUUUGACCAUCUCCAUAAUUGACUUCACUCUUUCUCGGAUCAAUACAGGGAAUGCCAUUCUCUUUCUUGACCUGUCUGAGGACCCUGAUUUAUUUAAAGGAGCAAAAGGAGACAAGCAGGCAGAAACUUACCGCAAGAUGAAACAAAUUACCAAGGAAUGCUGGGAAGGCAGCUUCCCAAAGACAAAUGUCGUCUGGCUAAUUUACCUUGUGGACAUUGUGCUACAGAAGAAGUACGAGGCGUGCAACUCCACAGACGAGAGAGAGCUCCGGUCGUUCAAGAAACGGCUUUCCUCGUGCAGUUCUGCUAGAGAUUGCCUUGCUGAUCCCAUUUUCAGCGAUCUGCUGUUGGAAGAGGAGGAUGUGCGACCCUCAGCAAUGCCUCCCCUGUAGUUGCAUCCGCCCGUCGAUUAACCAUUUCGUUGGCUUGGGGUUUAGGGUUUAGGAAUGUGGUGGGCACUAGAGAUCGAACAUGCAUGUUUGUUCGUCCCCACAUGGCAUGCAAGAGAGCUUGCUGUCUAACUGUGUAAUAUGGCCGCUGUCGCUUGUAGAACUACUUGAAUAUAUCUAUGCAAAACUGCUAUAUGCAGCUGCAACCAUUCAGCAACAAAA